AUGGCCAUAAUGAGUUUGCUGCAAUGCGUGGGUGCUAGCUCGCUGCUCUAUUUGGCAGCAGGGCUGGUCGCUCUCCUCUACUUUCUGACCAGCUUGAAGAAGACAGUUUGCAAUUUGCCUCCUGGGCCGCGACCUCUUCCUCUGAUUGGGAACUUGAAUGUGGUGGACCUGAAAAAGCCGUUCCAGUCUCUGACAGAGCUCUCCAAGACAUAUGGCAAUGUCUUCACUGUGCAUUUCGGACCCAGGAAAGCUGUGGUACUGGCUGGAUAUGAAACCAUCAAGGAUGCCCUUUUAAAUCAUGCUGACGAAUUUGGCGAGAGAGCAGAAAUACCCAUAUUUAGGAAAAUGACACAAGGAAAUGGCAUAGCAUUUAGCCAUGGAGAGCUGUGGAAAGCUAUGAGAAGAUUCACCUUGUCCACACUGCGAGAUUUUGGGAUGGGAAGGAGAACAAUUGAGGUCCGAAUCCUUGAGGAACUAAAUUCUCUUGUUAAAUACUUUGAAUCAUAUCAAGGGAAACCAUUUGACACAAAGAUGAUACUCAACAACGCUGUAUCCAACGUCAUCUGCUCUAUAUUGUUUGGAGAGAGGUUUGAGUAUGAUGAUCCUGCAUUUCUAACUUUGCUGAAGCUGUUAAAUGAGAAUACCAAGCUGUUGGGCUCCCCGAUGGUGCUGUUAUAUAAUUUCUACCCAUCCCUUGGAUUUCUCUUUGGAGCUUCCAAGACUGUGCUACAAAAUAUCAAUGAGCUGAACGCUUUUCUCCAGAAGCUCUUCCAAGAGCACAAAGAAGAGUUUAAUGAAAAUAACUUAACAGGUUUUGUCGAUGCCUUUCUGAUGAAGCAACAACAGGAGUCAAAGAAACCCCAUACUAUGUUCCACAAUGAAAGCUUGUUGUUUUCAACCCUGGACCUGUUUGCUGCUGGGACUGAGACCACUUCUACAACUGUGCGCUGGGGUCUUCUUCUGAUGAUGAAAUACCCAGAAAUUCAGAGAAAGAUUCAGGAAGAAAUGAACCGUGUCAUCGAACCUGGAGAGAUGCCUAAGUUGGAGGACAGGAAAAAAAUGCCUUAUACGGAUGCAGUGAUACAUGAAAUCCAACGAUUUGCCAAUAUUGUCCCAAUGGGUGUAUCGCGAGCAACACCUACCGAUGUGAAUUUCCGAGGUUAUGUGAUUCCUAAGGGUACAGAGGUUAUUCCGCUGCUGACCUCCGCCCUGAACGAUGAGCUGCACUGGAAAACCCCGGAUCAGUUCAACCCUUCCCACUUCCUGGAUGCUGAUGGGAACUUCAUUAGGAGAGAGGCAUUCAUUCCAUUCUCUAUAGGACGAAGGGCUUGUGUUGGAGAAGGACUGGCCAAAAUGGAGCUGUUCCUCUUCUUCGCAGGCUUGCUCCGCAAAUUUGUCUUCCAAGCCCCUCCAGGAGUGAACAAGUCAGAUCUAGAUCUCACUGCUGAUGUCGGCUUCACCCUGAACCCCAUGCCUCACCUGGUUUGUGCUGUGCCCUCUGAAUGA